AUGGGUCUCGUCGACUAUUCUGACUCCGAAGGCUCAGGCUCUGAAGAUGAAGUUCAAGCUCCCGUCAAACCCGUCCCUAAACAAACCGUAUCAUCCAAGAAACCUUUCCAAAAGGUUGUCGAUCGAUCCAACCCAGGCAAGAUCGUGGUCAGCCUUCCUCAACUCUCAAACGAUAAGGCGCAGAUUCCAGAACCCGCGGAGAAGAAGAUAGAAAUUGGCGGAGGUAGCGGCAGUGGCAGAUUCUCUGGGUUCAACUCGUUUCUUCCAGCGCCCAAAAAUGCCAACAUACCCAAACCUGCAGCGUCGAGCAGUUCAUCGACAAGGCCAGUUUUCCAAUUCAAGACAAGUGCUGCGCCAGGAUUUACUCGAGAGGCAGGGGAAGACCAGGAUAGGGCAAACGACAAUGCUUUGGAGGGUAUGAGUUUGCCGCCACCAAAGGCUGCGCAGCCCUACAUCCCUGAAGGACAGAAGCCCGCGGGAGAGGUCAAACUUGUCGGCAAGCCCUUGAUGUUUAAGCCUUUGUCAGUAGCGAGAAACCCGCAGAAGAAGAAAAAGCUCAACUCCGGACUGGCGAAACCAACAUCAGCGCCCCAGCAUGAGCAGGCCGGGCUGAAACAAACCAAAGUGGCUGGGGCGCCGGCAGUUGCGCCAGCAGCAGUCCCAAAGAAGGUUUCCCUCUUCUCUAUGCACACAGAAGAAUCACCAGAGUCUACAACGAAGACCUCUACUGGUGGCUACGAGCCCAUGUUUGCGACGGCGCAAAGCUCAUUAGGCUACGAUGAGGAAGCCUAUGGAGACUACGCCAGCCAUGCACAAGCUGGCCCGUCGGCAACUACCCUGCCGGGAUCUGAAUCCUUGGAUACUGUCGUUGAAGACCUCAACCUAACACCAGCCCAACGACGGGAACUCUUUGGUCGUGGUGGUCUCGGUAACCAAGCAGCCAAGAAGGUCAUCAACUUCAAUAUGGACCAAGAAUAUAGACAUAAUGAGGAGAUUCGAGCCGCAGGAGAAGAGCAAACCCACAAUCCUGUGCGGGCGAUACAGGGAGGUGGUAAACAUAGCCUGCAGCAGUUGGUGCAGAAUGUACAAAGCCAGCGCGAUGCCCUCGAGGACAGCUUCGCCAAGGGGAGGAGUAACCGAAAGGAGGCAGCAGGCAAAUAUGGAUGGUGA